UACUGAGCUCACAUGUGUGGGGGGUGGGACCCGUGGCUUCCCCCUGUGCCUCCAGGCCACCGAGGUCUGCAUCUGCCCUGUGGAGUUCAACCCCCACUUCAUGGCGCCUAUGAUACCCAAGGUGGAGUGGGCGGUGUUCCUGGAGGUGGCUGAUAACUUGCGCCUGAUCCAGGUGCUUAAAGGGCCGGUUGAGGGAUAUGAGGAGAAUGAAGAGUUUCUAAGGACCAUGCACCACCUGCUGCUGGAGGUGGAAGUGAUGGAGGGCACCUUGCAGUGCCCAGAGUCUGGACGUAUGUUCCCGAUCAGCCACGGGAUCCCCAACAUGCUGCUGAGUGAAGAGGAAACUGAGAGUUGAUUGUGCCAGGCGCCAGUUUUUCUUGUUAUGACCGUGUGUAUUUUUGUUGAUG